AUGUCGCUUUUACCUGGUCUGUCCCUCUCGGCGCCAUCGACGGCGACACCGCAACCGGACGCUGCGUCGCAUGCGCCUCCACGAACCGAAGAGCUGCCCGCACGCUCAGAACUACGUUUCGAGGUCGCUUUUGCCAAACUAUACCGCAUACGCCUAGUACGAGGAACAGCAGAGAUAUUUGGCAGCGAGCUAGCGCCUAGUACGACCUACACUUUCAGCGGAACAAAAGGCGCCGUCUUCACAUGGCAUGGCUGCACCUUGGAGCUGCAGGGAGAGGUCGACAGCGAAUAUGUCGGAUCCGAAACAGAGGCAAUGGUGGAAUGGUUGAACGUUCACGGCAUGCUGGAGACGGCGCGCGACGACGCUGGGGUUGGCAGGGACAGCAAUGGCGGCCCUCGCGUUCUGAUCGUGGGCCCUGAUGAUAGCGGAAAGACGAGUUUGCUCAAGUGCUUGACCGCAUGGAGCUUGAAGAUGGGAAGGACACCGACGGUCGUCAAUAUGGAUCCGCGUGAAGGCCUACUCAGCAUCCCCGGCAGUCUAAGUGCAGUCACAAUGGGCAGCAUGCUGGAUGUCGAAGAUGGCUGGGGCAGCAGUCCGGUUUCUGGUCCUACUGGAGUGCCUGUCAAGACACCGCUGGUCUACCAUUUCCCUUUUGCGUCUCCCGAAGAUAACACGCGCAUGUUCAAACCUCUGGUCACACGCGCUGCUCUGGCUGUUACAAGCAGACUCGAGGAAGACGACGAGGCAAAGCAGAAUGGCAUCAUUAUCGACACACCUGGAAGUGUCAACCAACCAAAAGGCGGCUACGAUCUCCUCAUGCAUAUCAUAUCAGAAUUCAGCAUAAACCUCGUCCUCACACUAGGCUCGGAGAGAUUGUACAACGACCUAUUACGCAAAUUCGCCAGCCCCAAGAGCUCGGAAGAUGUGGUUCACGUCUUUCGCAUAUCAAAGUCAGGCGGCGCCGUGGCCAGAGAUGAGGCACUUAUGCGUCAAGCUCGUCAGCAACAAAUUAAGAACUACUUUUUUGGCGACAGCAGGACAUCACUGAACCCACAUGGCCAAUGGUGGGACUUUGGCGACUUGACUGUCUACAAGGCAGUCGAUCCUUCUGUAUCACAUGCACAAUCGUCCUUCAUGCCUGGUAUGGACUACGAUGACGAAUCAGCGGCUGGUCAAGGUCCUACAACAUCGCUGGAGAAGGUGACACCAAGUCAAGGAAUGGUCAAUGCAAUCUUGUCAGUCAAGUUCUGCUCGGGCAACUCGUCACUGGAUAAUGUGCGCGACAGUUGUGUCAUGGGAUUUGUUUACGUAGCCGAGGUGGAUGAAACGAGGAAAAAGGUACGGUUCCUGGCACCGCAUCCCAGCAGGUGGGGCGAUCGAGCAUUGGUUUGGGGCAACUGGCCUGAAGGUGUGGGCGAUCUGGUUGCAUAG